CGCGUUUGGGUGAAAGUGUUUGCUCCUGUGGUCGCUUGGUGAUGGUGGGCGGGAGUCUGGAGUCUGGAGGCAGCUUGUGUGUUGUUGUUCUCUAGGUAACGGAGAGCCGAGGCCUCGGUGUCAACUUCACUGAUUUGGGGAAAAAAUAAUAAUAAAGACUAUUCUUCUAAACAUACAUGUGUGUGUGGUUCUGGAAAGCUGAAUUAGGGGACACGGCGGAUCCAGAGUCUCUCCCGAGAACACCCGGCGUAAGACGCGGAUACACCUCGGCUGGAAAUCCGUUCCAUCAUCACAGUUUAUCAAACAUGAUUUAUAGUUUCAUCACCUUGGCUAUACCUGUUCAAACCACCAUCUUAGGCAUGACGGGCAAGAGAGAGUCUGGCAUGGCGGUUAGUAAGUGGGCCAGUAAGCUACAAAUGCGCUUUUUCGAUGCGGUGUAAGAUUGAGAGAAGAAAACAAGAGGGGGCAUGGAGGGAAAAAGGAACACCACCAGAGUGCGGAUGCGUGCGUGGACCCCUGCCUCGGGAUACUCUUCACCGCCCAGCCCAGUCAGCUCACAGCUCAGCUGGGACGAAGGCAGAGAUGAGGAUUUCCGGAACCAAAUGGAUGAGAAUGGCAUCAUAGGUCUGAGAGAGACACAAGAAGAGCUGGAGGAAGAAGAUGAGGUUGUAUUAGAGGAAGAAGAGGACAUGUUUUCAGAUGUUGGGACUCCAGAGCCUGAAGAAGGUCCACCUACUGCACUGGAACAUCUCAGCUGUCACCUGAGUGAGCUGCUGGACUCUGAGCCUCUCACCCAACCCAUAGGAGAUGACUGUCUCUCACCCUCACACAAUGAUGUCGAGUAUAGUGUUUCUCUGGAGGACUGGAGUGAUGAUGAUGAAGAGAAACUUGACGACGAAGAUCAGAAGAGCAUUAACGUCCGCAGACCUAUCCCACAUUUAAGGCCAGACAGAGGUCUGGUUUCGGGAAUUACGAACGAUGAGAUUGAGGAGAUUACGACGCAUAGAGAUGAGUCAUAUCCUCUUCAAAGGAAUAUAGACCCCCAGGAUAACUGGAUGGACAGCCAUGAUGUCACCAGUCAUGAAGGAAUGGAUAAUAACGAGAACAACAAGUCUGAUAUAGCGACUUUAGAAAUGCGCGCACCCUCCCAGAACAGUUGCGAUGAGAGGAGUCAUGUGUCUUCCUCACCUUCCUUCAUAAGCGCUCCUCGGUCCCAUGUACGCCCCCCCCUCCCCGAACCGACUUUACAGGAGGAGGCGGCUAACUGUAGGAUUGAAGCUGAAACAUUUGCAGAGCUAGGUGGGUCUAACAGCAGUCGACUCCACAGCCCUAGAACUUACCAAGCUGUCAGACUGCUGCAGAAGGAAGAGCCUGCGUCUGUACUGAGUAUCUUUGAGUCAGAAAAUGGUUCGUCUGAAUUAGAGCAAAAGUCUGCUGGACCUCGUCAAAGUCGCCAUGUUUCCUCUCGUCGAAAUAUCAAUUCUACACCACAGGAGGAUUACCCAUCUUCCAGCUCUGCACAGCCUACAGCUAAAGCCUCCACGUAUGGACGCAGGAGACACCACAGACCCUCCAAAACCUCUCACACUGACCUGAAUGAUGUGAGGAAGGGCCAGCUGAGUCACCCGUUACCAGAUUUUUCCAAAGUGGAGCCCCGAGUUCGUUUGCCCAAAAGCAGCUACAAGCCCCCGAAGAGUCAGAAGCCUCCUCACAAAGAAGACUCCAAACCGGAAGGUCCUGUAGUGUUCAGAUCCCCUGCUGACAUUGUGAUGGAGGCUCUGUUGAGUAAUUCUGAAGGGCCCUCGGAUACUGCAGCCCCCACUGUCUCCCAGAAGCCCUUGAAUACUACAAUGCCUGAGGAGUUCUGGUGCCCUCUGCAGGCCAGCACUAUGGUGCAACAGCUUCAGGAGGAUUACAAUAGGCUUCUGACGAAGUAUGCGGAGGCUGAGAAUACCAUUGACAGGCUACGUUUGGAAGCUAAGGUUUGCCUGUACUCGGAUCCUCCCAAACCCAUCCAGCCUGCUCUGUCAGGUGUUUUGAAGGAGGGGUCAAAGGUUAUGACCCUGAGUUUUCCCCAGGCUCAGAGGGCACAGCUGGGAGCGGACGCUGUCCGGCCGAUCCAGCAAAGGCUCGGCUCGGCUACCAGAGAGACACCCGCUCGCCCGUCCUCUGUAGACUCUUUUUCUUCCAGCUGGUGUGAAUCUGCUGCUGCAUCUCCACUAACCGAGGCACUCUCCAAGCAGAUGGCGAGAUUUCAGCUACAGGUUAAUGAGUUUGAGAAACUACUAAAGAGCCAAAGACUUCAACCUAAUGAGCAGACACAGGGGUUGUCUCAGCUGGCCCAGGGUCAGGAUUCGAUAGAAAGGGCUUACCUUGCCGCUCGAGAUAAGCAUCAACAACUGCAGAGGCAAACAGGAGGGAAGUCAGGACCUUUUGACCCUGACAGGGAACUCGAAAGUCUGAUAUUUCAGUCGGGGUUACAAUUGGAGGACCUGAAGGAGUGGAUAGACCAGUCGGAACGUAAUCGGCUCAUAGAACCUACCCCGAGCGACCCCCCUCACUCCCUUCAGCCCUGCGUGUCUCUGAAAGAGACAGAGCCGCAGCCCGAGAAACCCGCCGCUGCAGCUCAUGCAGAGGUCAUGGUCGGCUUGGAGGUGAGUUCUGUCAGUGGGGAGAGCGAUGGAGGCAGAGAGGACGACGAAGAGGACAUGCGUCCAUCUGUCCUCCGUCCACUGAACCGCAAACAUCAACGUGUGGAGGAAGACUUUAGCAACCUGAUGGAUCGCUACCAGAACUUCAGGGAUUUUUCCAAGGUCCUAGACAGAGACCAGGCUGAUGUGGACCAGGAUUCCUCGGCGUUAAGAGAUCAUUCUCCUCACCCUGCCAGUAUUGAUAGGAUAGAAAUUGAACAGCAGUGGAGAAGCAAAGACGAGAGGGACUCGAACAAACCUCUCCAGCCACAGCCAACGGCAGACUCUCUCUCAGGCCCCUCUUGUAGCUCACAUGUGUGUAACUCUAUGGAAACUCUCCCAGAGGCCUCAGCUUCAGCAUUACCAAGGAAACAGGGCAGUGGAAGGAGAGGUAGCAUAAAGUCCCGUAGCAGCCUGGGAGAGAGAGCAGCCAUGGGAAGAAGGGCCUCUAAAGAGAAUGCACUGAGAGCACAGCUUCAGGAUGGCGUGGUAACUCCAGAAACAGAUAGCGGGUUCGUGGGCUCAGAGAGCAGUCGACUGACACCUGCAGCACAAAGCCCUGUCCAGCAGAGGGCAGCAGUGAGGGCGACAAGGCCAUCUGUCUCGCAGGAAAAGUGCCAAAUAAAUCCUAAGUCUAGCUCUCGAGCACACACACAGCCCUCUUUAGAUCCCUCUAGAGCCCAUGCCAUUGCCUCUGGAGGUGCUCCAGGAUCCUUGGGGAGAAGAGGAGAGGCAAGGAUGCGGCACAUUCCCAGUCUGUCUACUUCUAGCUCCCCCGCCUUGCGCUGGCCCAGCACACCUCUCCAGCCUUGGCCUAGUAGCGGCGUUAGCGAGCUGGAGCAACAGAGUGAAUGUGCCCAUUCCAUAUCAGAAGAUGGAACACGACAGGGUGACCGACCCGCACAGCCGUCCAAUCAGGAUCCGUCUUAUUUCAGAAGCUCCUCCCUCACUGCACCGUAUCACCAUGGUGACCACCUCAAAGCCCAAAGUUCUGGGCAGCUGGCGAAUCACCACGAGGCCAUUGAGUCUCUUCAGGCAGAGGUGCACAGACUCAGGGAGCACUUAGAGGGAACUCUCAGGACAGCCAGUCCUCCCCAUCGUGUGAGAGUGCCCCCUUCUCCCUCAAAGGACAUUAGAGACCAUGCACCUCCUCACACAUCUAUACCUCAUCCACGGCAGCGUGAUUUCAGGUCUUUGGAGAGAAAGACGGCUGGCAAGAAAGAACCAAGAGAGAGUGGGGGCACUUUAAAGGGGGAACAAGAAAGAACUAUACCAAGGAGGAGAUCAGCAUCCGUGCCCCGCCUCAGACCACAGACAGAUUCCAGUACAGAUUCGGAGCAUACCCAGUCUGAAGACAUGACACCGAAGCACAUCCGAGCAUCGCUUUUGAUGUCACACACGACCCGGAGAGCGAGGGCUGAAACUAGACGAAGCCCAAAGACCCACACAGAUGGCCAGAAGCGUAGCAUAUCUGCUGAGAGAUCGGAUGCGAGAAAGGAUGAGGCCGAAAGCAGAGGAAGGCCAGUACCUUUGUGCUUGAGCUGCUUGGCACGACGCAACAGAACCUCUGGAUGUCAAGCAAGAAACGUUAGCUCACCUAGUCACACUCGUUACUACUCUAAUCACUGUCCCCUGUGUGGAGCAACAAACAGAGAGACAGUCCUCAGAGCUGGAAAACAAAGCUCCAUGCAGAAGGAAACUCGGCCAGUGAGGUCCACACACAUGCAGACGGGGGGUAUGUACCUGGCAGUAGCACCUCCCCCUCCAGUGAUUGGCAGCGUGCCUGUGCUCCAGUGUGUGCCGGUCUGUCCUUCAGUCCUCUACUACUCCAGCCCUGUGGUGUCAGCCUCCUACCAAAAGCCUCUUUACUUUUCACUCAGUGACGGGAAAGGCUACAGGGGUCACCGUAGGCGCUCUCAAUCUGUAGACGCACAGCGCUCUCUCAACCGUUCUCUGGAGCGUGCCAUCGCCACCGCCAGUAGCGUGAGAGAGAUGUCUCAGCGCAUGGUGCACUCUCUCUCCUCAGGACUGCAUCACAUGAGCCCACUCACAAAAUCCUGCACCUACUGACGCUGCACCACUGCUCCCAGGUGACCUCCAGAGAAGCCAAACUGCAGCUUGUAGACACCUAAAACGUUCUUGACGUGAGAUUGGUAACGGAUACACACAUGGCAGCUAUACUGUGAAAAGCUUCACUUAUUGCACUGUUUACAGCUACACGGCCAUUUCGUGAAAAGCAAUUUCAUAAACAUUUCAGAUAUUGGAAAUACUAUACGUAGGGCUUUUGUUGGUGUCUAUGAUAUUUUGUACUGGGAAAUAUUCUUCUACAUUUCUGCACUAGGUUUUAUUAAUGCCGUUUAUGCACAACAUUUGAUUACAAAUGAUUUCUUAAAUGUGCUGCAUUUUGUAAUAAAUAGUCUACGUCUGUUUUCAUAAUGGAAACUGAUGCUUAUUGGACGGUUAACAAUUUGGGGAAUUGUUUGU